GGAGCUGCUUUGUGUUUGAGGGCGGGGAGUGGAGCCUGGAAGGGGGAUCCUGCUUGCUGGAGCGAACAUAUCAAGCGCGUCACUUGGUUGCGUGGACGAGCGCCCGGUGACGGCCGACAGUGGCUCGGCGGGUGGGUCGACCUCAGCACUUCAGUCUCUGGAGGGGGGGGAGGCUUCCCUCCUCCCACCACUCCACCCCUCCUCCCUCCUCCCUCCUCCCUCCUUCUAGGCCACCUGUAUGGACCGCCGGGACUCGGGCGUGAUCCAGUCACCCGCGUUCCCCUCUGGGUACCUGAAGUGGCUCACUCAUGACGAUGACGACAUGACAUUGGAGAAUAUGCCGGAGGGGGCUACGCCGACCCAAAGUCAGAACCUGCACCACUUUGGUAUGUACGAGCUGGGCUGCUGCGAGCGCGUGGUCAUCAACAUCUCCGGUUUGCGCUUCGAGACGCAGCUGAAAACUUUUAACCAGUUCCCGGAGACGCUGCUCGGCGACCCCCACAAGAGGAUGCGCUACUUUGACCCCCUCCGGAACGAGUACUUCUUCGAUCGCAAUCGACCCAGCUUCGACGCAAUCCUCUACUACUAUCAGUCCGGCGGGCGCAUCCGGAGACCCGUGAACGUGCCCAUCGACAUUUUCUCCGAGGAGAUUCGCUUCUAUCAACUCGGCGAGGACGCGAUGGAGAAAUUCCGAGAGGACGAAGGCUUCAUCAGGGAGGAGGAGCGCGUCCUGCCCAAGUAUGACUUCCAGAAGCAGAUCUGGCUCCUGUUUGAGUACCCGGAAAGCUCGGGUCCGGCGCGGGGCAUCGCCAUCGUGUCCGUGCUCGUCAUCCUCAUCUCAAUCGUCAUCUUCUGCAUGGAGACCCUGCCGGAGUUCCGGGAGGAGCGCGGCCAAUCCGCGCAGCUCAGCCGCAAUUCCAGCAUGAUCAGCGGCGUCCCCUCAUACGCACCGAGCCCCUUCACGGACCCCUUUUUCGUCAUCGAGACCCUGUGCAUCAUCUGGUUCUCCUUCGAGCUCAUCGUGCGCUUCUUGUCGUGCCCCAGUAAGACUUCCUUCUCUAGGAACAUCAUGAACGUCAUCGACGUAGUGGCCAUCAUCCCUUAUUUCAUCACGCUGGGCACCGAGCUGGCCGAGACGGAGAGUAACGGGGGCCAGCAGGCCAUGUCGCUCGCCAUUCUUCGCGUGAUCCGCCUGGUGAGGGUCUUCCGGAUUUUCAAGCUCUCGAGACAUUCCAAGGGGCUCCAGAUCCUGGGGCAGACCCUCAAGGCCAGCAUGAGAGAACUGGGCUUGCUCAUUUUCUUCCUCUUCAUCGGCGUCAUCCUCUUCUCCAGCGCGGUUUACUUCGCCGAGGCGGACGACCCCACGUCGAGCUUCAGCAGCAUUCCAGACGCUUUCUGGUGGGCGGUGGUCACCAUGACGACGGUGGGCUACGGCGACAUGCACCCGGUGACCAUCGGGGGGAAGAUCGUGGGUUCUCUGUGCGCCAUCGCCGGCGUGCUGACCAUUGCCUUGCCCGUGCCCGUCAUCGUGUCCAACUUCAACUACUUUUACCACCGCGAGACGGAUGCUGACGACCUGCCGCCGUGCGCCCUGAACGCCAGCUGCGACCACCUGCCCAGCGCGGAGCUACUACAGCCGCGGGGGUCGUGCGCUUCUUCCGGCAGCCUCGGAAAGGGAGGCCAUGCCGGGGUGGAGGAGGGCGUCAAGCAGCCUCAUUUCAACAGCCACAACUGCGUGAAUAUCACCAAGAUGUUUACCGACGUCUAAAGUGGAACACUGGGACAAAAGUAGCAACAUUGUUUUUUUUUAAAGUGUGUUAAUAUGUUUUUUAAAAUCAUAUCUGAGGGGAGUAAAUGUCCGUCUUUAUUUUUUUUUAAUUUAUACAACUAGCAAUGAUAAGCUAUCAUUUUCCACACGGCAUACAUUACUCACAAAAACUUAGCUGACGUUGGGCAUUUGGGUGAAAUUUUAGAAGGAACCGAAAAUGCGCUGGAAACCUUUCAGGUGAACUUAUUUUGACCUCUAAACAUCAACUCUUCCAUUUAAUACUUGCCGUUGUUUAAACAAAAAGCCGAAAAGCCAAAUUAUUAACCAAUACUGUACAUUUACUGGUUAUAUUCGAAUUAAACAGGCCUCUUCAUCGUGCUGUUCACAUUUUGACAUACACGAUCAACAGUGCUGGCCACUCAAAUGAGAAUGACAACCAAGUCAUCAGCCGAUUGCAACAAAACAAAAGACUGGAGAAGUCACCGAAAGUGGACAUCUUAGCAUAUUGGGCCAUGUCUCAAACACCUACCGGUACAAAUGUAAAUUGUGCUAUUCGGUUCCCUAUUUGAAAACAGCAAGAUAUGCAAAAAGUGAUGAAACACUUAACAGUUCAACACAUCUGUUAAGAAAAAACAAAAUGAGGUAAUGCUUCAUUUUAGAUUCAUCCUCUAAUUUCAUCCCAAAACUGUACACCCCAAUCAACUGAAAGUUAAUCGGUAGUAUUAUGAUUAUUGAUCCUAAUUUACUUUUCGAAGUGUUUGUUUAAUGAGAAAAUAUAGAAGACCAUUGGCUUGCUUACUGUGUAGAUAUACAUGUUCCCUGAUGGUGCCUAUACUUACAUAUCUAGUGUGUGGGGAAGGGUGGGCGGUUGUUGACUGGGUACCGAAUCUGUACAUUCACAGGCCAUUUUAUUAGGCACACUCGCACUGAUAAUACAGUAUUUCCCAAGCAUUAUUGAUCCAGAGCACCUAUUUUACAUUAGAAAAAUCUCAUGGCACACCACCAAACAAAACUAGUACAAAAAGUAAAUCUCACAAAAUGCUUGUUCCUGACCGCUGCAGGUUAAUUGUGUACCUUCUGCCAUCUAGUGGAAAAAAACAUUUAACUGUUCUGCGUGUGACUCGACAGGCACUGGAAUGAAUGGAUGAACAAAAACUCCAUCAUUUGCCAUACAUUUAUUAGAGCAUUUUUUUAGGACCGUUGAAAUGAAGUUGGAUCAUUUCCUGCGGCACACUUGAUGAUCCCUCGUGGCACAUCGUCUGCUGAGAAAGCAAAGAAAAUACUUGCUUUUCAUUGCUGUCGGGGCAUCAGCGAGUUUGUGUUCUUUAUGAUUGUCAUGCAUUACACUGACAGCUUUUUCUAACAGUUAAGCACUCCUCUCAGAAUAGUACCCCAUACUCAUAAAAGCACCCCUCUCACUGUAAUAGUUUUGUACAAAUAAUGUUUAUGGUUCGAUGAUUCUCUGUGCAGGCAGAGUUUCUAGUAACAUUUAAACAUUCUUACCUGUCAAAUGAGGACAAAGGCAACGUAACCACAAUGUCAUAAAAGUAAAAUAAAGCAAAACUGCCCGCCUUGACAACCUGACGUAACGGAGAGCAAACAGGAAGGCAUUUUACAAACCGAUACUGUCAGCCAGCGGCAUUUUAUGUCUAUUGCUGGAAUUUGUAUGAAAUUGAAUAUACAUAAAUGAUUUGGGUCCCAUGCAAUCCUCUGCUGUUAAAUUCAUUAAUAUAUUUACAAAAGGAAAAUCUCAGAAUUGGAUCGCAUUAAGCAAAGUAAUAUUGAAAAUCUUGACAAUUUUUUUUAAAUUUUAAAUAAGGGAGCCCAAACAUGACAAAGAAAAAGUUGGCCACAACUAUUGUCCACACGCAAGGAUUUACCAUUGUAAAUAUCGAACCGGUGUCAGGAGAUCAGGAAAGAAAAAAAAAACACACACACCAUAGGAGAAGAACUUUGUCCCGAUUAUCAGCAUGUGUGCCUCAGCUUUUUAUUACUCGAGUGUGCCGAAUGUUAUGUGCUGUCAACUUUUAAAGUCAAACUUCAUGUGUCAAGCUUCAAAUGUUUUAUUGUCAAGUGGCUAGAGUACAGAUACAAAUGUGUAUUGUUUGUAACGAUCAUCACUUGUGAAGAUGAUAAAUCAGGUAUAUAUUCAGAUAGAGUGCCGAUCGUGAUGUGAAAGCCCGUCUUGAAUGAUUGAACUUCAGAGUUGCCUCUAUAUAAUGUAAAUAAAAUGGAAAUUGUUCCAUCAAAA